AUGCAAAGUAACGAAGUGGUAGAAAAGUGUGAUCUUGCUAUUGCCAAAUGGUUUAUUGAUGCAUCUAUUCCUUUCAAUACUGCAAAUUUGCCGUAUUUUCAACCUGCAGUUGAUGCUCUUUGUUGCAUGGGUGUUGGAUAUAAAGUUCCUACUAUGCAUGCUCUAUGUGGUAAUUUGUUAAAUAAGUGGGUUGAUGACGUGAAGAUACAGAUAGAGCAAUAUCGUUCUAUUUGGAAGGAUACAGGUUGUACUCUUAUGGCAGAUGGGUGGACUAAUCGUUGUAGGAUAACUCUUAUCAACUUAGUUUAUUGCCCCAAAGGAACUGUUUUCAUAAAGUCUGUUGAUGCCUCUGGUGCUUCUAAAACUGCAGACACAUUGUUUAAGCUUUUCAAGGAAGCAGUGUUGUAUGUUGGCCAGGAAAAUGUUGUUCAAAUCGUUACAGAUAAUAUUGUGAAUUAUGUUGCUGCUGAAAAGUUGUUGGAAAGGGAGUUUCCUAAGUUGUUUUGGUCUCCUUGUGCAGCACACUAUAUUAAUUUGAUGUUGCAAGACAUGGGAAAAUUAGAGGAAGUAAGUGAGGCAGUGUCACAAGCUUCAAAAAUUACCAAAUAUAUAUAUAAUCAUUGUUUUGCAUUGUAUUUGAUGAGACAACAUACAGGUGGAAGAGAAAUACAUCGUCCUUCUCCAACCCGCUUUGCUACUAAUUUCAUUGCAUUGCAAAGUAUUUUGUCUCAUAAAGAUGCACUAAGAGCCAUGGUAACAUCCAAAGAGUGGACAACCACAACUUAUUCCAAAGAUGUCAAGGCAAAGCAAUUUGUGGAACAAGUCUUAGACUCAAGCUUUUGUUCUAAAUGUGUUGACAUAGUGAAAAUUACAAAACCUCUUGUAGGUGUGUUGCGUAUUGUUGAUAGUGAAGAUAAACCGGCUAUGGGAUAUCUCUACCGAGCUAUGUAUAAAGAAAGAGAGGAGAUUGAGAAGAGUUUUAGAAGAAAUAAGUUGAAAGUAGAGCCUUAUUUGAAGAUCCUGGAUAACCGUUGGGAUGCACAACUUCGCAAAAAUCUUCAUGCGGCUGGUUAUUUGUUAAAUCCAUCUUGUAGAUUCAAUCCUGAAUAUGAAAAAAACAAGUCCACCACUCAAGGCCUUUUGGAUGUCAUUGAAAAGUAUGCUUAUGAUAGCAAGUACUUGCGAUCUAAAUUAACUGCUGAGAUGACUUCAUUCAAAAAUUGUGAAGGUAGUUUUGGAAGGACAACAGCUGUAGAAAACCGAGAUGAAGUUUUGCCAGAUCAAUGGUGGGACACUUAUGGAACCGAAGCGCCUAAUUUGCAAAAGCUGGCUAUUCGGAUUUUGAGUCAAACUUGUAGUGCAUCUGGUUGUGAGCGAAAUUGGAGUGUGUUUAAACACAUUCAUUCAAAAAAGAGAAAUAGGUUAGAGCAUCAAAAGCUUAAUGAUCUUGUUUAUGUUUGUUACAACUUACGGCUACAAAAUAGGACAAAGAAGAAACAAAAUUAUGAUCCUAUCAAUUUUGAAACACUUGGUGAUCAUUCUAAUUGGGUGUUGGAGGAUUCACCACCAUUCUUGACCAUUGAGGAGGUGGAAGCACUACGCAAAGAUCUUGCUAGUAUGACAAUCCAACCUAUUUCAAAUGAUAUUGAUGAAUUAAAUUUGGAUGAGUUUGACAUUGAGGGAGAUGCACAACUUAAUUCCGAAGUAAACAACCAAAGUAAUCAUAUCAUUGAUGGGGAAGAUGUUGCAAAUGCGAUUGAUUUUGCCACGGAUGGUUUUGAUAUUGAAGGAGAUCCUAACAUUGAAAUAAUUUUACCUCCUUGGAACUAA